AUGGGUCGUGUCCAAAUUGACUGUCGAUUUCGCCUGUCGAAAACCCAAUGGGGCGUCAUUGGUGGCGGCAACACCCCAGCUGCAGUACUUUACAUGGAUCUGACUUUCGAUCAGCCAAAAGACUGUCAGCUGACAAGCGCGGUAGUCUCUAUCACAAUGCAAGAGUCGGAUACAGACCCACAGAAGAUUCACAAGCAGACGGCUUCCAAAAGACGAUCAAAAUCAAGGCCUCAUAUGCACGACCCGGACCAUGGCUUUUCUGACGCUUCUCUGAGAUAUCUGGCACCAGUUGCCGUGGAUACUAUUGGUAACCUGACAACACAAUCAAAGCGCUGCCUUCAAGUUACUCCCUACUACGGUCCCCACGAACUAACAGGAAAACCCACCCAAAUCACGAUCAAAAAGAACCGGCGUUUUACGCCUGAAGUCAAUGUUUUCGGGCAAGGCGGAGGAGGUGUGGGUUUCGACUAUGAAAGAUCCAGUGAGCAAACCAGUCGAUGGACUUUCACUGGAAAGGUGCUUUCUGGAAAUCACUCCCAGCAUAUCAAUCCGGUAAUCAACAGGUCAGGGCCACGGCAUAGUCGCAGCCAUCCUAAGUCCGAAUUGGCCAUGUACCGUACAAUGAAGUGGGAACUCAACGAGGAUGAUAACCAACCCCAGUCCCAGCAUAGCAGUGUGAUUCAUACGGCAUUUACUUUCGAACAUGACAUGAAGCCAUUCUACUUGGAAAUCCAGAUUCAAGGCAAACUUCAACGAAAAUCGGAGCAGCUUAAAGGGAAUAUGAAACAACUACUGAAGUUUCCAUCAAAUUUAAGAAAGGAACAGGGGACUGCGCUGAUGCGAGUUCACCCAGACAGCACAACAAACCAUACACGACGACUGGAUCGAAUUGCACAAGGCUUGUCGUUGAGUAUGGAACGCCUCAAUAUGGAAAACAUUAGCGUGCAGCUACCCGACGCGAUGCCUGUAUCGUUCGAACAGGAUACUCCACAACCCUUCGCCGACCCAGUGCCAGCAUUGGAGGAUCAAACUGAAGGGAGGUCACGAGGCAACAUUCAUCUAUUCUCAGUGGAUACGCCCGCGCACUCAUCACCAGGAAAGAUAAAUUCGAGCUCACGCCAUGCAAGAACCGACCCAAUCCCGACAACUGCCCGCAAUCUAGAAAUGUUAGCACAGUCUCUCCACUCUAGCCAGUCUUCUGGAUCAUCCACUUUAUGCGGCAUUAAUACGGCCAACAUUGUGUCACAAUUUUCGCCACCCCAAAAUGAAAGGCGGCAGAAUGGUGAGACGAGAAAAGAAAAACUCCGGCCUCAGGCGACGACGCCGUCCAAAUCAGUGAUUAUUAGUCAAGGAAUGAUGACGACAGAGACGCAUAAGGAAAGUGACUUAGAAGACAUCGUCAGCCAACUAUCUCAAUUCCCUACUUUGAUCUGGAUACUACGGUGGGCUAUAUGGAUGUUUUCCUUCUACCCACGCACAAUCACUGAGGUUGCCCAGGAAAGAAAAAGUCCUUAA